AUGUAUCGUCGAUUAUUUAAAAAAAAACAUGAUUUCUCAUCACGUAUCAUAUAUCCAAGUACAUUAAUACAAUAUUAUGAUAAACAAUCUACUAUUAUAAAAUCUAAAUCUAAAUUGAAUUAUAUUAAAACAACUAAAUAUACAUUAUUAACAUUUAUACCAUAUAAUUUAUGGGAACAAUUACAUCGUUUUGCUAAUAUUUAUUUUAUAUUUAUAUUAAUAUUAAAUUUUAUACCAGAAAUUGAUGCAUUCGCUAAAGAGAUUGCACCAAUUCCAGUAUUAAUUACAUUAACUAUUGUUGCUAUGAAAGAUGCCUAUGAAGAUUUUAGAAGAUAUUUAUUAGAUCGUAAAGUAAAUAAAAAACCAUGUGAAGUGUAUUCAGUACAAGAAAAACAAUACAUAAUUAAUCAAUGGCAAUAUCUUCGUCCAGGGGAUUUUAUUCGUUUAUAUACUAAUGAUAUAAUACCAGCUGAUAUUUUAUUAUUAGCUACAUCAAAUAGUACCGGAAUUUGUCAUAUUGAAACAUCAAAUUUAGAUGGAGAAUCUAAUUUAAAACAACGUGAAAUUAUUCCAAAUUUAUUGAAUAAAGAUGAAUUUUCACCAUUGACAUUUCUUUAUCCAAUUGAAGUAGAAGCUCCAAGUGCUGAAUUAUAUAAAUUCCAUGGGAAAAUUAUACUUCCAGAAAUACGUAUUCCUAUUCACAAGAAUAAUAUGUUACUAAGAGGUUGUGUAUUACGUAAUACUGAUUAUGUGAUAGGUAUUGUUAUCUAUGCAGGUUGUGAAACAAAGGCAGCUUUGAAUAAUUCUGGUGUUCGAUUUAAGAGAAGUAAAUUGGAAAAACAAAUUAAUUUGGAUGUUAUAUGGUGUGUACUAAUUCUAGUUGUAGUUUGUGUCACUGGAGCUAUUGGUAGCGCUGUUUGGCAUCAGAAUUUACCAGGUGAUGAUGUAUUGUUCGUUGCACUUGACAGAAAUUCUUCAACUUCAACACCUGCUUAUCAAGGUUUUCUCAAUUUUUGGAGAUUUGUAAUUAUUUUUCAGACAAUUAUACCUUUACCAUUGUAUGUUACAAUUGAAUUUGUUAAAAUGCAUCAAGUAUGGCAUAUGAAUAAUGAUUUACAAUUAUAUGAUAGUAAUUUAGAUAGACGUAUUGAAAUACGUGCAUUUAAUAUUCCUGAAGAUUUAGGUCAAAUUGAAUAUGUAUUCACGGAUAAAACAGGUACAUUAACAGAGAAUAAAAUGGAAUUUAAACGUGCCAGUAUUAAUGGAAAAGAUUAUCAUACUGAUGAUGGUGAUUAUCAUGAAAAUAACGAUCAACUCAGUAAUCAUUCUUCACCAAAGUAUACUGUAACACAUUUGAAUACAUUACAAAGUAUAUUAGAGAAUAGAACAAUUUUUUCUUCACAUCAAAAGAUGUACAAUAAUGAUAUGGAAUAUUCUGAUCAUAGUUCCAGGAAUUAUUUCAUCAAUACAAUACAACAAUCAAAUGAGAUACCAUCAACUAGUCAUAGCCAAAUGGAUAAUAAUAAUAAUAAUAAUACUGCUACUGCUACUAAUAUCACUUCACCUUAUUCUAUAGCAUUACCUCAACAAAACUUAUGUAACAAUUUAGAUAUUGAAAUAAACCAUGAAAAACAAUGGAAAACUAAUGAAAAAUAUAAUUCUAUGGAAAUCAAUUCAAGAAUAUUACUAAGUGAUGAAAUACGUAUUCAAGAUUAUUUCUUAGCUUUAGCUAUAUGUAAUACAGCUGUAGUAUCGGUUACAAAGAAUACUCCAACAAUGUUUCAAGUACCACCUCCACGUCGUAAAGGAUUUCGUGAUUUCUUUCGUUCUGGUAAAUUAAAUUCAAUUACACAUUUACAUCAAAAAUUACGCAAAACUAAACAACAACAACAACAAAGUCAACCUAGUACACUAUUAAAUAAGUCCAAUAUCAUAAUAAAAGAUAAAACAGAUCAUCAUCCUAAUCAUUUAUCACGAGUUAAACAAACAAUUAACUUAUCUAAUAUAUUUUCAAAUAAAUUACGUUCAACUAGAAUUGAUAAAGUCAAUACUCAAUCAGAGAAAUCGAAUGAUCAUGAUCAUGAUCAUCAUCAUAAUAGUACUACUAUAUCUUCUAAUCUCUUGGAUACUAAUCAUAUUGAUCAUGAAGAGAUUAGUCAAGAAACAUUUAUCAUUGAUGAUUCUAAUACAAAAUUAAAUGAUAUAGAAAUACAAUCAAUAAAGAUUGAUAACAAUCACCAUGGAAAUGAAAUCAAUCAAAUCGAUAAUAAUAAUAAUAAUAAUAAUCAAUUAUUAAAAAUCAAUAAUAUUAAUGUUAAUUCAGCUAGAUCAUUAAAUGAACUAAUGAAAAGUAACUAUUAUAAAGAAUCUAUAUUAUUUUAUUCAAGUCGUUGUUUACCACCAGUUAUUGAAGCAUUAAAUUUAGAUAUAACAUUAAAAAAUUCUAAACAUAUAUUAAAUAAUAAUAAUAAUAAUACACAAUUGGAUACAGAAAGAAAAAAUAAAAAAAUAAUUGAAUAUCAUAUAUUACCACAGUUACCACAAUAUGAAUAUAAUUAUUUUAGUUCAUAUAGUAGUAUAUCAAUGGAUGAAUUAAAUUUACAUAAUUCUUCUGUUUAUAUACAACAAUCAGAUUUUGAAUCAUUAGAAUCAGCCAAUCAUCGUUCCGAUUUGAAUAGAGAUAUUAAAUUAGAUGACCAACGUGAUAAUGAUGUAAACCUCACUAUACCGAAUGAUUUAAAACUUAAUCUUGUAAAAGAGAAAAAUGUUCAAAAUGACAAAAAUCAAUUGGAAGAAGAAUUAGAAAUCAAUACAGCCAGAACUCUUACAGUACGUAUACACAAUGGCAGUUCACUUGAAUUACCUAUUGAAUCCGAUAUCUAUGCACAAACUCCAUCUGAAUUAAAACAAUGUCCAUUAUCAGAUAAUACUUUAUUCAAUUCUUAUGAAUCUGAAAGUCCUGAUGAAAUAUGCUUAGUAAAAGAGGCAUGUAAACGAAAUUACAAAUUAUUACAACGUGGUAUUGACUUUAUAUUAUUAUGGUUACCAAAAGAUGGACUUGUCUGUAUACAUGUACUACGUAUUCUACCAUUUGAUUCACAAAGAAAACGUAUGUCUAUUAUUUUUCGUCAUCCCUAUACAAAUGAACCAAUUUUAUUUACAAAAGGUGCAGAUUCAUCAAUUAUGAAUCGUUUAGAUAAUACAGGGUUAAAUUCACGUGAAAUAAUAACUGCUACACAGGAACAAAUCGAUCAUUAUUCACGUAUGGGAUUAAGGACACUAGUUAUAGCUGAACGAUUAUUGACAGAAGAGGAACUUCAAGAAUGGUUAAAAGAAGUCUAUGAAAUAGAAACUGGAAAUGAAAAUUCAACAGAAGCUAUGAUGAUAAUGAUGGACAAGUUAGAGCGUAAUUUUAUUCUUUUAGGUGCUACAGGUAUAGAAGAUCGUUUACAAAAUGGUGUACCAGAAACUAUUGACGCAUUACGUGAAGCUGGUAUGCAUGUAUGGAUGUUAACAGGUGAUAAACAAGAGACUGCAGUGAAUAUUGCUCGUUCAGCUAACCUGAUUACAUCACAACAUAGAGUAAUGUAUAUUAAUUCACAUUCAGAGGCUCGUACAGAAUAUCUUUUAAAUUCAUAUUUAUAUAAUAUUAUUAGUGGACAAUUUUGGAAUUGUUCAAAUGAAUUAGAUGAUAAACUUGAAAAAUUUACUAAUCCACGUUAUUCUAAUUGUCAACAACAAAACAACAGAAACCAUCAAAUAAAUCAUAAAUCGAAAAGAAAAUCCAAUUUACAUCGAUCUUCUUCACAUUCACCACAUCGUAGUCGUACUAUACAUCGUGUACGUAUUAUACCUACACAAAAACCAUCUUCAUUACCACGUGAUAUUACUUAUUUUCAUGAAUAUAAUAAUAAUAAUAAUAAUAAUAAAACAAAACAAAAAAAUUUUUUUAAUUUUUCAAAAUUUCUUAAAUAUUAUCGUUUGUUGACAAGGCAACAACAACAUCAUCAUUCUAAACGUAAACAAACUAAUUAUAAAAGGCAUAGUAACAAUAAUCAUAAUAUAGAUAAUCAUAUUCCAUUAGCUUUAGUAAUUGAUGGUGAAAGUUUAAAUUAUGUAUUAAAUAAUGAAAGAAAUAAAUCACAAUUUAUUAAAUUAUGUGAUAUGUGUGCAAAUAUUAUAUGUUGUCGAUCAACUCCUGGACAAAAGGCCGCUGUUGUUAGUUUAGUUAAACAUGAAUUAAAUGCUCAAACGUUAGCUAUUGGUGAUGGUGCAAAUGAUGUAAAUAUGAUACAAGUAGCUAAUGUUGGAAUUGGUAUUAAUAGUGGUGAAGAAGGUAUGCAAGCUGUUAUGGCAUCAGAUUUUGCUAUUAGUCGAUUUUAUUUACUUAAACAAUUAUUACUUGUACAUGGACAUUGGUGUUAUGAUAAACUUGCACAUGCUUCUUUGUAUUUAUUUUAUAAAGAUGCAAUUUAUAUAUUUCUCUUAUUCUGGUUUCAAAUGUUCAAUGGUUUUUCGGGUAGUAAUGCAAUUGAUCAAUUAUCACAAAUAUUAUUUAGUGUUACAAUGACUGGUUUACCACCAUUUAUUAUGGGUAUUUGGGAUAAUCCAUUAGAUGAUAAAACUUUAUUAGCUAAUCCUAUAUUAUAUAGAUCUGGAAUAAGUGGUAAUGCUUAUCGUCCAUGGUUAUUUUGGAUGAAUAUUUUCGAUGCAUUAUGGCAAAGUUUAAUCAUAUUUUUUCUAUCAUAUUUUACUUAUUCUGAUGAUAAUAUUGGUUUGUGGGAAUUUGGAUUAUUUCAAACAAAUGCAACAAUUCUAUGUACAUUAUUUCAUUCAUUAAUAAUCACUAGGACAUUGGUUAUAUUGCAUGCAGUUAGCUUUUUCGUUAGUUAUAUUCUAUCAUAUUUAAUAUUUACAAUGAUCUAUCAUGCAUUUGCUGUUACUGUUGUUCCACCUGAAUGCCCUUAUCGAAUUAUAUUCCGCGUAAUGAAUGAUAUCAAAUUUUGGUUAUUAACAUUGGUUACUAUUAUUUUGGCAUUAUUACCCAGAUUACUUAUGAUUAUCAUUAGAAAUACAUUUUAUCCAAAUAUGGAUACUAUUGGUAAUUUACUUGCAAAACAUUUAGGUCGUGGUAAACAUUUACCAUUAAAAUCAUAUCUAUUACAUAUUCCAUCAUAUUCAUUAUUAAUGAUGAAAAAUCGAUUCUCUAUUGAACCAACAGUAAAUCAUCAUUUAUCAUCAUAUUUUAUAAAUGAAUCUCAUAUGAAUAAUACAAUAGAAUAUAAUACAUCAUCAUUAAGUUAUAAAUCAUCAAUUCAUUCAGAGAUUCAUUCAAAUUUAAUUAAAAUUACUGAUACACCAAUACAUUUAAUAAAACAUUUAACUCAAUUACUUAAUAUUAGUAGUCAAAUAAUUAAAGGUAAACAACCUAAUAAUCAAUUAUAUCUUGAAGAAAUUUCAAGAAAUUCAAUAGAUACAGAUAAUCUUCCACAUGAUCAUCAGGAUCAGCAUCAGGAUCAUCAUCAUCAUCAACAUCAACAUCAUCAGAAUCAAGAUUAUUAUCGUCAACGAUCUAGUACUAUACCUAGAAUUAUAACAGAUUAUAAUAAUUGUCAUCAAGAUGAUCAAAAUGUUUUACAAAAACGAUAUCAUCGAUAUUAUCAUACAUUUAGUGGUGGUAAUAUAUUAUUUCAUCGUAGACUACUAAUGCAACAUGAAAGAAAAACUAAUUUUGAUGAUGAUGAUGAUGAUGAUGACGAUGAUAAUGAUAAUGAUAAAAAUAAUAAUGUAUAUAAUGGUUAUGACUUUCGUCGAUCAAGAAUACCUGCUAUUUGGCCAGCAAUUAAUCCUAAUAAUAGAAUAAGAAAUAAUAUUCAAGCUUCAACUAGUUCAAUGGAUGUUGAUCUUUCAACUAUUGGUCAUAAGAGUAGAGGAUCAAAAUGUCAAAAACAAACACCACCAUCACCACCACGAUAACAACAACAGCAACAACAACA